AUGUUCAUAAAGGAGGAUAUUGAAAAAAGGAUUGAGAAUGCCAAAAAUGAAAAGUGUUUAGUUAAUAUGGAGACAGAGUUUAAUAUGCAGAAGAGUGAUAAUAACAGAACAGAAAUGUCUAAGAGUAAGAGUGUUAAAGAAACAAUAGACAGCACGAGACAGGACAACUGUCUAAACACAGAGUUGAAUGAGAAGGUGGACAGAGAUAAUAUAGAAAAGAGAGACAACUCUUCAAAGAUUAAAGUUAACAGUGAUAAUAUUCUGAUAUAUCGAACACAGAAUAUAAUGGAAAUUGACAGCCAUGCUGAGGAUGAAACAGACAGCAGUUGUGGUGUCACAGAUCUAAAACUUGGUUUAAAAUCAUCUGCAUCAGAUGCAAGUUUCAGAUCAGUUUCUUCUCAAGAAGAACAUCUACAUGUACAGGUUGGUAAAUCUGACUGCGGUUCAGAAAUUAAUAAUCUCCAAACAUCGGUCAACAGAAGUGGGCUAUCAGAGAAAAACAGUGUGAAUUCUUACUCUGAUAUUCAUUCCAAAACCAUUGUUUCCUUGGUAACUGAUUCUCGAAGUGCAUUCAGAGCUAUUCGGAGUGGUGAUAGAAAGUCUUCUUCCAGUAGCCAAACCAUUUAUGUUGCUAAACAUAUCAUUCCCAGUGAAAGUAAAGACACAUUUUCUACCCACAAAGAAGCUUCUGGUAAACUGUCAUCUGUGUCCGAUGAUGUCAAGCAAGCUGAAAGUCUUGAUGUUUGUCAAGUGAGUAGGGAUGAUGAAGCUGUGAAGAAACAAGACAUUCCAUCAGAAAACUUUCGAAAGUCAUACAGUACAUCUUUUAUUAAGUCUCAUUCUGAAAGACCAUCACACUCUGUGGUAAGUGAUGAUGAUAAAUCCAAAGAUCAAAGGACUGACAGUUUAUCACCAAGAAAUACAGCACAGGAUAUUCCAAAGUCCAGCAGCAUGUCUUUUGUUCAAUCUGAUAUUGAGAAAGCAUCAGAUUCUGUGGCAAAUAAUGAUGAUGAAACCAGCAGAAAGUCUUUGACAGUGGAUCCUUGUGAUGCUCUGACAUUGGGUUCUUGUGAUGCUUUAACAGUGGAUUCUUUUGAUGCUUUGAAAGUGGAUUCUUGUGAUGCUUUGAAAGUGGAUUCUUGUGAUGCUUUGAAAGUGGAUUCUUGUGAUGCUUUGAAAGUGGAUUCUUGUGAUGCUUUGACAGUGGAUUCUUGUGAUGUUUUGAAAGUGGAUUCUUGUAAUACUUUGACAGUGGAUUCUUGUAAUACUUUGACAGUGGAUUCUUGUGGUGCUUUGAAAGUGGAUUCCUGUAAUGCUUUGACAGUGAAUCCUUGUGAUGGAAAUGAGAAACAGACAAAUAGUUUGGUGGAUCAUCCACUGGUAGAGUCUACAGAAUCCACAGAAUCCUCAACACAAGAUCCACCUCUCGGCUUCACGCCUUCUCAGAAUGACAACCCACAAGCAAAGAAAGUCAGAAUAGAAACUCAGACCUCCUUUGGAUUUAGUGCCAGUAACAACGAACAGGAUGGAGAACUUGAGAUGGCAUUUGAAGGAGAUCAGAACAUUCUGGAAUUCAUUCCCGAACUAGAAAAUGAAAACUCUCAGGAUGCUUACAGUGUUGUGGAUUCUCUAGAAGAGAGUUAUCCUCCUCCAUCGUUCUUGCCAAAUCAAGAAAAUAGUUGUGAUAGAGUUACGUCCCCAGAAACUGUUUGUGAAAUCUCUCUGGUGGAUGAUUCUGAGUUUUCGUCUAUUGUGGAUUUAAUACAGAAUGAACUGAGGGCAUCCGCUUGCAGUCCAGUCCAUGUGGACCUGUUUGAGAUUGUAGAUCCAUUAUCCCCACUUCCAGUCUCCCCUAUUUAUGAUAGAGAUUCUCCUGUCUCAGCACAAACUGGUCAAGAUGUAGACUCUUGUAUUACUGAUUCUGUUUUUAAGAAAAAGGCUAAGAAAAAGAAGAAGAAGAAGAAAUUGUCUCAAUCAGAUAAGAAACCAGAAUCAAACUCGGACAUUCCUAAACGAGAAAUGCUUAAAUCAGAAGUUCCUAAACGAGAAAUGCUUAAAUCAGAAGUUCUUAAACGAGAAAUUUGUAAACAGCAAAUUCUUAAGCCGAAAAGCCCAAACCCAGAAGAUCUUGCUCUCCUCACGUGUGGAAUGAAACGAACCCGCGUGGCUCACCAGCCCAGACACGACACUGCUGUCCACAAACUUCCUAGAUUUGCGUCUGAAGCUCCACCUGAUGCUGUAACAGUGAGGCCUCACUCGGCUCUAAUGAAAUCCAGGGUGGGUGACAGCAGGAGAACUUUGGGGGUAAGGGCAGAUGAUGAGGAGACAUCAAUAGAUAGAUCUCGUGAAGGACUUAGAAGACUUAGUGAAGCUGAUUCGGUAUCUUGGUCGAAGCCAGCAGGUCGCAGAUUGAGGGCAAACUCCAUGCCGAUGCAGUCUGAAUCUAAAGGAGUGAAAAGGAAACAAGUGGAUUCUGAAACUUCAGUGCCUUCCAAGAUACAGAAAACUGAGCAGUCAUCUAUUCCAAUUGUGACUCCAAAGACCGAAGUGAAGAAAACCGCAUUUGACAAUCAGCUUCUGAAGUGCUUGAAUGACAAUAACAUAUUGAUAGAUGACUUCAUCACAGAAAUAUCACAGAAUAGACCAGUAGAAGACGUUUGGAAAAGUCUUGUUGAUGCAAUUGUCAAGCACCUACAGAAUUUCACCGUUAACAUUCACAAUGAUGUAUACUCAACAUGUGAAGCUGGUAGAGCAGAAACCCGACAACCUGUGUUGACAAGAGAGGAGAACAAAAUACUCAGCAUCGUCAAACAGUUCCUUAAUGUACACAAGAAUGCACCCAAAAGCCUGUUGAUGGAAGGUCUAUGGAAGGCAGUUUUUGUUCCAGAGAAAGAAGCAAACAAGCUCUAUGGAAAACAGGCUUUAUGUCGAGUAUUUGUGGCUCUGUGUCAUGCAGAAGGAGAUGUGGAGCAGGCACGUGUGUUUCUGUUCUAUGUUAUAAUGUGUCGACACCUCAGCUUCCCAUGUAUUUGUCUGUCUGCCGUGGCAGUCUGGCCACUUACACUUAUCAAGACACGCCAAGAUGCCAACCCUGUAGUUGUGGUGAUGGAGUAUAUUAUCAUGAAGAGUCUGGAGGGCAGUAGCACCAGGACGAAGAGCAAACAGAUUUCAGAAUGUUUCUGUAAGCUGUGUGACUGGUCAAAUGUUCCGCGAGCGAGUGAGGACGUGUUGCGACAGGCAGUGGAGAAACUUGACAAUGCUGCAACACUGAAUCAGACAGAAAAGGUAUUUGAGGUGAUGAAGAGCAUUGAGCUGUUGCUGGUGUACGAAGGCUGGGCCUGGCUGUACAGACACUUCAUUCUCAAACACUUCAUGUCCAUCCACGACCGCUGGAACAACAGGGCAGAGGAUGGGUUGUCUCCCCUGUAUGUUCAGUCAGUGCUCAAAAUAAUUGGUGAAAUAUUCCGGCUGAACGUUAAACCUGAGCAGAAAGACGUGAGAAAACUCAUUGAUAAAUGGCUGCUUACAUUUCUCAACAGAAAAACAGCUGUUGCUGCGGUACCGCUCUGUUCUGCUGCCGUGAUGCUGGAGAUUUCUCCGUUCCUGCCACUAAAGGCUGUCCGCACCCUGCUGCUGUGGUCAGAGAAACACAGGGACAUAAUCACCGACGAGUUCAAACACAAACUGUCACAGGCCCGCCAGGUGUUCUCGGCGCGAAUUCCAAUGUUCACCGCUAAUCUGCCCGACAAUCUGAACACCAUGUGAUAUGUGAAAACAUUUACCAGUUUUCUGUACAGAAAGGGGUGGGAUCUGUAAUUUAGCUCAGUCGGUAGAGAGCUAGUCUGAGAUGUUUGGGUCGUAGGAUCAAAUCACGUCGGUUGACCCAUUUUCAGAUUUUUUUCUUCCCCCCACCCCCCCCACCCCCCCUCCC